CGCGCGGACACACACAGCACCGAGCAGCUCGAGACUCCGGCGACAUGGAGCGGACCGGAGCCGCUUCCUGCGUGUGACGCCGCCGCCGUGCAGUGACCGGAGGACCGCCGCCGCCACCGGAGCCGCUCCGGUUCUCCGCCCGGGUGAUGACGACCUCCCAGCGCUGAGGACGCCUCCGCACAGCUCCCAUCCCUCCCAGUCGUUUCAAACAUGGACUCCUCCGGGGGUCUGACCUCGGUCCAGGACGGUCACCUGGAGCCCAGGAGCAGCCCGGGGCGCUCGGACCUCAGUGGACUGUACCACCUGGGCCGGACGCUGGGCCGGGGGCACUUCGCCGUGGUCAAACUGGCCCGACACGUCAGCACGGGGCAGCUGGUGGCCGUCAAGAUGAUCGACAAGACCAAGCUGGACGUGAUGGCGACGAGCCACCUCUUACAGGAAGUGAGGUGCAUGCGGCUGGUGCAGCAUCCCAACGUGGUGCGUCUCUACGAGGUCAUCGACACGCCCACCACCCUCUACCUGGUGAUGGAGCUGGCCGAGGGCGGCGACCUCUACGACUACAUCCUGCGCCACGAGGGCGGCGUCGCCGAGGCCACCGCCAAGCGCCACUUCGCCCAGAUCGUGCGCGCCGUCUCGUACUGCCACCAGCUCCACGUGGUGCACCGCGACCUGAAGCCCGAGAACGUGGUGUUCUUCCCCCAGCAGGGCGCCGUGAAGCUCACGGACUUCGGCUUCAGCAACCUGUUCCAGCCGGGGACGAUGCUCGCCACCAGCUGUGGGUCGCUGGCGUAUUCGGCUCCGGAGAUCCUGCUGGGCGAAGAGUAUGACGCUCCAGCUGUGGAUAUCUGGUCUCUGGGGGUGAUUCUGUACAUGCUGGUCUGCGGCGUCCCUCCGUUCCAGGAAACCAACGACAGCGAGACUCUGGUGAUGAUCCUGGACUGUCGGUACUCCGUCCCCGAGCACGUCUCACACGACUGCAGAGAUUUGAUCUCCAGGAUGCUGCAGAAGGAUCCGUCCCGUCGGGCCUCUCUGGAUGAGAUCGAGGCCCACCUCUGGCUGCAGGGGCUGGACGACGCCUUGCUCAGCCCCGAGGCUCCUCCAUACUGGCUCUCGGGGGCUCUGUCUCCCAGCUCUCCCCGCUCAGGAGUGCCCGAGUGUGGGGACCUGCUCGCCGCCAGGCCCCCGAACCAGCUGCCGUUCCCCGGAACCUGGCAGCCGAGCCUCAGCUUCACCCUCCGUCCGGCUCCGGCCGAAGAGCCUCCGGUCGCCAAGAACCUGCCGGCUCUGCAGCAGAUCUGUGAGGAGGAGGAGGAGGAGGAGGAGGAGGAAGAGGAUGAGGAGGAUGAGGAUGGAGGAGACAGUCAAGAGUGCAGGGACGAGGAAGCAGAGAUGGAGGAAGUGAUUUCAGACCAGCCGGUGAGUCACGGGGAGCAGCCGCCCGCUCAGACGCCGGAGCUGCCUCCGUCGUCGCCGCCUGGUUUGGGGGUUCGGUGCUGUCAGGGGCAGCCGGACCUCCAGCAGCAGCAGCAGCAGGAGGGUCAGGACGAGGAGACGGAGCCCAACAACAACACCAACAAACCGGCUCCCGUCCUCCCCGCCUCCGACUCCCGCCGCUCCUCCGUCUCCUCCGGCAGCCUGCAGAAGACGGCGGCGGACGGCGAGCGGGACGAGCGAGCGGGAGACCGAGGCGACGUCCAGACGGAGAGACGUCCGAGCCACGAGAGCGCCCCGCGGGCCGAGAAGCGGCACAGCGUCAAGCUCCGCGAGAGACUCUUCCAGUUCCCGCUGUGCGAGAAAGCUCUGGCCUUCAACAUCCCGGCGCACAACAAGCCCAAGAUCCUGCCGCUGGCUCAGUACAACUGCUGCCACGUCCUGUAGGCCGAGCCGUCCGGAGGCCUUCCUGCCGGUUCUCUGGCGUCGGACUGAAGGCGGCGCGGUAGAAACUCGUCCACUCGCUGCCGUGUGCGGAACCGUAGCGUGAACACAAGACUGGACCUGCAGAGGAGCGAAGGACUGGACAGGUUUUAUGGAAUAAGCUAAACGGUGUUUGUUUGAAGGUGCCUACUACGAUAAACCACGACUGCAGCGCUGAGCAGAUCCAGAACGUUUCAGAUUUAUUAUUCAGAAUAAACUUUAAACUAGAGCUGCAA